AUGCCCGCCCGCCGCCCGCGCAGCACCGCGCGCGCCGUCGCGCUGCGCUCCGGCGCGCGCACGAAGUUCACGCUGCCGGCGCUGUCCUACGACUACGGCGCCCUCGAGCCCGUCAUCAGCGGCCAGAUCAUGGAGAUCCACCACAGCAAGCACCACAACACCUACGUGACGAACCUCAACGCGGCCGUCGAGACGCUCGAGCAGGCGACGGCCGCGGGCGACGUCACGGCCAUCGUCGCGGCGCAGGGCGCGAUCAAGUUCAACGGCGGCGGCCACCUCAACCACUCCAUCUUCUGGGAGAACCUCGCGCCGCCCUCCGAGGGCGGCGGCGCGCCGCCGACGGGCGCGCUCGCCGCGGCGAUCGACGCGGAGUUCGGCGGCGUCGACGCGAUGAAGACGAAGCUCUCGGCCAUGACCGUCGGCGUCCAGGGCAGCGGCUGGGGCUGGCUCGGCUACAACAAGGCCACGGGCAAGCUCGCGCUCGCGACGUGCCCGAACCAGGACCCCCUCGAGGCGACGACCGGGCUCGUGCCCCUCUUCGGCAUCGACGUCUGGGAGCACGCGUACUACCUCGACUACAAGAACGUCCGGCCCGACUACGUCUCCGCCAUCUGGGGCCUCGCGAACUGGGCCGACGUCGGCGCCCGCUACGACGCCGCGUCCAAGUGA